AUGUCGAAAUGCGAUCCCUUCCGUUCGAAAACUGAAUUCAAAGGCAAAAAACAAAAGCGAUCACAAGGGUCUUCUCACUACCGACCUAAGGCUCCGACUGAACUUACGCCAUUGCCGCCUUUACGAGAUACACCGGCUAACGAACAACAGGAGCUGUUUAUCAAAAAACUCCAGCAAUGCUGUGUCGUUUUUGAUUUUUCCGAUGCCCUCACAGAUACUCAUAGUAAAGAAAUAAAAAGAACAUGUCUGAGUGAAUUAGUGGAAUAUGUAACGGUCACUCGUGGCGUUCUGAAUGAAAAUACUUAUCAGGAUAUUAUAAGAAUGAUUGCGUGCAAUAUCUUCCGAACCCUGCCCCCUUCGGACAACCCAGAUUUUGACCCGGAGGAAGAUGAUCCUGUGCUUGAUUCAGCCUGGCCCCACCUUCUUUUCGUUUACGAGUUCUUCCUUCAUGUUCUUGAAUCUUCGGAGUUCCAACCCAGUAUUGCCAAGCGCUAUAUUGAUCACAAAUUUGUGCUGCAGCUACUCGAGCUUUUUGAUAGUGAGGAUCCAAGGGAACGGGACCUCUUGAAGACUGUCGUACACCGCAUUUACGGGAAGUUCCUCGGUUUACGAUCUUUCAUUAGGAAGCAGAUCAACAACAUCUUUUUGCGGUUUAUUUACGAAACAGAACAAUUUAAUGGUGUCGGCGAAUUGCUAGAAAUUCUAGGGAGCAUCAUUAAUGGUUUCGCGCUGCCGCUGAAGUCGGAGCAUACACGUUUCCUCAUCAAAGUUCUUAUCCCGCUCCACAAGGCGAAGUCUUUGGGAAUGUUCCAUGCUCAACUUGCAUACUGUGUAGUGCAGUUUCUAGAAAAGGAUUAUAGCCUCACAGAAGAGGUCGUUCGCGGUUUGUUGAAAUUUUGGCCGAAAACCUACUCUCAAAAAGAGGUCAUGUUUCUCGGCGAGAUUGAAGAGAUUCUCGAUAUCAUCGAACCAACGCAGUUCAAGAAGAUUAUGGUGCCUCUUUUCAGACAGAUAGCUCGGUCUGUCUCUAGUUCUCACUUCCAGGUAGCAGAACGGGCCCUUUACUACUGGAAUAACGAGUAUCUUGUAUCCCUAAUUGAAGAAAAUAAUGAGGUGUUGUUGCCCAUCCUCUUUCCUUCAUUUUACCGAAUAUCACGCGAACACUGGAAUCAGACAAUUGUAGCCCUGGUUUUCAACGUUCUGAAGACGUUUAUGGAAAUGAAUCCCGUCCUCUUCGAUGAACUUACCAAGAAUUACAAGGCCGAGAGGCAGAAAGAGAGACGACGGGAAAAAGAGCGCGAUGACCUCUGGAGGAAAUUGGAACAGCUCAACCUGAGUGGCGCGGGUGAUGACGGCGUUAUUGGUACGUCAAGUCUCCUCCCUGGUGGUGUUGAGGCUACCAACUCCGUGGAUGGAUCAAAUUCGACUUCUGGUGACCUCACUCCAAAUAAGUCCUCUGCCAUUUUCGCCGUGGCCGCCGCAACACCAACCAAGGUCUAG